GUGACGCACGGUCUGGCCGGGCGAGCCGGGGAGAAGGCGGGGACCCAGGAGGAGGAGGAGGAGGAGAGGCCUGAGGAAUAAAUCCCUAUCCUGAGGCGCUGGAGUCUUUGGCGCCUCCCUCCCUCUCAUUUUAUCCCCCACUCCAGGCUUGCUUGUUCCCCCAUCCACCUCUUCCCCUCCCGGUAUCUCCUCUCGCUCUCCCAGCUCCGGCGGUUGGGGGUCGUUGAGCCGGCUGGGCCGGAGCAGCUGGAGCAUUGGAGGAGUCACCCCGGCCAUCGGGUACAACAAUUCACCCCCUGAAGCCUUAUAGGGAAGAAAAUCCAUGAAAGAACAACCAAGGCAGCUGACAAUGAUAGAAAGAAAAUAAAGAUUCCAAGCAGAAGAGUUUCCAAGUGGACCUUUCAGCUAAGAAGAAAAAUAAGUUUAUCAGGAGAAUAUCAUUCUUGUCUACAGUCCCUCCCGAAAGCAAGAAGAGUUUAGUUCUAUUCCUACCUAGUCAUCAUCUCUGCUUUUAGGCAACUACAUUUUAAGGAAAAAGCUUACUCAGCUUACCCAACACAUCCUACUUCCUCAGGUUCCUACCACCAGAGUUCAGUGUUGGAGGAAAGAAAAUUACCAACACCCACCCCUCAGAGUGCAGGGAAAACUAUCCCCCACAUACCUCCUCUAACUGGCCCACCCCUUUCCUCCAGAAUCCAGUUACAGAAAACGUUUCCUGGUAUUCCACCCAUCCCUUUCCAGCUAUGUAUGGAGCAGGGAAGCCCUAUAAAUGCACUGAGUGUAACAAGAGCUUCCGCUACAGUUCAGUGCUGCACCUCCACCAGCGUACACAUGCUGGGGAUUGCUGCUACCGAUGCCUAGAGUGUGGUGAGGGUUUUGCACAGAAUGCAGAGCUUAGGGCGCACCAGCGUACACAUGCUGGAGAGACUCUUUACAUCUGCAAUGAGUGUGGCAAGAGCUUCCAUCAGAGUGUCUAUCUAGAUUUACACCAGAGUACUCAUACUAGAGGCAGGCCCUGCAAAUGCCAUGCGUGUGGGAAACGCUUUCCCUAUCGUUCCGUCCUGUAUUGUCACCAGCGACAUCACCCUCGUGAAAGGCCUUACCGAUGCCCUGUGUGUGGAAAAAGCUUUCGUCAGAGUGCCUAUGUCUUCCACUAUGAAAGGACCCAUAGUGGUUCUAGUGCUUUCACUGAAGGUGAGCUCCCUAAAGGCCCAGAGGCCACUGGAGAUAGGUUUAUUAUUCAUACAGGGCCUAUCCUGCCUGCCCCAUUGCACCCUGAGGAAAAAUCCUAUCAGUGUGGUGCUUGCCAUCGGGACUUCCGAAGUAGCUCAGGUCUGCUGAAACAUCGUCGUGUCCAUGAGGCUGGAAAGCCCUGUAAGUGCAGUCAGUGUGGAAGGAUCUUCAACAAUGGGGAACAGCUCUCUGUACACCAGAAGCAAAGCCACAGUCAGAGACAUAGUGGAGCCAAGCUGGAGGAAGCCCACAAGUGCCUCGUAUGUGGGGAAGUCUUUAGGCAGGUGUCAGAGCUCCAGGCCCACCAGGAGACACAUGGGAUGACCCGACUGCACCGGUGCAAUGUAUGUGGAAAGAGCUUUAGUAAAAGCUCAACCCUGACACGACACCAGCAGACACACACAGGGGAAAAGCCAUUCAAGUGCCCCGAGUGUGGAAAGUGCUUCACAGAGAGUGCCACCCUGGUACGACACCACCGAAUUCACACAGGGGAGAAACCUUAUGCCUGCCCAGACUGUGGACGGAAGUUUAGUGAAAGUUCCACACUAAUGAGGCACCGGAGAAGCCAUAAGGGGGAGAAGCCACACCAGUGUACCACCUGUGGCAAGAGUUUUGGGCAACGGUCAGACCUGAUUGUUCACCAAAGGAUUCAUACUGGGGAAAAGCCCUUUCCUUGCCAAGAGUGUGGCCGACGGUUCAGUGAUCGCUCAGACCUCACAAAGCACAAGCGUACCCACACAGGUGAAAAGCCGUACCGGUGUGAAGAGUGUGGCAAGUUUUUCACAUGUAUCUCCAACUUAAAUGUUCAUAAGAGGAACCAUGCUGGUGACAAGCCCCACAAGUGCCCUGAAUGUGGCAAGUGUUUCAGCGUUGGCUCCAAACUGGCACUGCACCGCAAGACCCACCAGGGUGAACGCCCCUCAGAGUGUGCUGAGUGUGGAAAGUGCUUUAGCCACAGCCGAUCACUGUCACAGCACCAGAGGGCCCAUGCCCGUGCCAGAGCAGCUGCAGGAGCUACUGCAGGUGGGUUGGUUGGGAUGGCACCUACCCUGAUCUUUUCAGUAGGCUCUGGCCAAGAGAAGUCAGGCCUGAGGGUAACAGGAGUAGGAGAGAGGUACUGAGGCUCCUCGCUAACCUCCCAAAAGGAAGUGUGGGGAAAAGUUCUGACUAAAUAAUGGGAAUAGAUAGUAAAGGCUUUCUCUGCCUUCUCCUGUCCUUCCUCUGUAUAUCUUCUUUGACCACAUUCUCAGUCUCUUUCCUCAGUUGCUGUGAGUCUUCCUUUUUAGUUUUCUGUAUCCCAAUGUUGUCUUAUUUGUCACCUUUCUUUUUCUGCAUAUGUACUUUUCCUCUUCUAGUCUCUUUACUUCCUCAUAUUCCUAUCUGCCUUAUCUCUCUGUAGUGGAUGUAGUAGAAGUUAGGUUGAAUUAACCCUCUCUGCCUGGAUGGGACAGUGUUUUUCAUCUUGGUUUGUUCCCUCUUUGUCUAUACCUCAUCUCCAUCUUCUGUCUGCAUCUUUCUGUUUAUUUCCUUCUGUCUUUUCCCACCUCUCAGUAUUCCUAUGUCUCUAUCCUUGAUGCCUGGUUUUCUUUUGUUUUCUGUCCUUUUUCAUCCCACUUCUUUAUUUCUCUUGUCUUUGCUCUCUUUCCUUUUUCUCUAUUUUCAUGUAUAUUGGUCUCUCCAUUUCUGUGGGGCUAAUGGAAAGAGAAAACUGAGAAUGAGGUGUAGGUGAAAUACAAGGAAUGAGAAGGGUAGGUGUGAAAGUAUAAAAGAUCUGGAAAGAGACCCCCAAAAUAGUGUCACAUGGCAAAAUAGUACAAAAAUUGUGCAUGUCAGAAAUAGCCUUAUGCCAGUGAAACUGAAGGGAAGAGAUAAAGGGUAUGCAUGAGGUUCCUUGCAAACAAUCCUCCUGAGCCAUCCCCAUCAAGAAUCCUGGUUCAGUCAAAAUACUAUAUAUUGGCAGACUCAACUCCUGUGCUCCCAAGAUUAUGAUAGCUGGGGUCCCUCAUUGAGAGGAAGGUGGAUAAGCCAAGAACUUAUCGUAUGUUUCAUUUAUCUGACUUUCCACUGAAGCAUGGAAGCGUUUGUAAUUUUCAAGGCUAAUUUGAUGGCAUCGUGGCAGCCACAGUCUUUUUUCUUAAUGAGACUAAAGAGGAUGGAGGGACAAGAAUGGAGAAAACCAGAAGAAACCUCUAGACAUCCCUUUCUCCUUGUAAGUGGUCAUUAGAAUAAAGGUUGGUUUUUGUUGUUUCUGA